GAUGCCUCACGCUGACACGCCGUUCAGGCCACGCAACAUCCAAUCAAGAGACAAAGGCCAGUAUUGAUCAAGUCAUUCAUUUGACUCGCCGAUGAAAUAUCAGAAGACAUGCUGUGCUUCAAGGGAGGCAUGCAAGUCGCUCGUGCAUGAACCACCAAUUGAAGCUGGCGCUGUGGCGAUGUCGAAAUAUCUCGCUCCAUCCCCUUGGCACCACACGAAUCCAGGAGCAAGACAGGCUGCGCCACGAACCGUUCUCUUUUCAAAGAACUAUCACUCACACUGGCCAUCGCGAUACAGUCGUGUUAGCCAAGUGGCAAAUAGAUCCUGCUGGGACUUGGUCUGUUGAGGUCAAAGAAUGCCUUGCACGGUCGAGACCUGUAAGCAUGCUCUUAUUUCGGUCAUCUGCCUGGGCGGUUCAUCAAGACAGCAUUCGCCCGAUUCUUUUGCGAGACGUUGCAACACUAAUGUUUCCUGUAAUCUCGUCGCUAUCAAAUCGCUCCUUGCCAUCACUCGACAGUUCUGCUUUCAAUACGAUCCAGACCACUCAUUUACCGAUAUACGACAGACAAUCCUUCCCUCAUCCUCGAAUCGAGCCGACGAAAACACGACAAAAUAUAAAUCGAAUCCAAGUCCAAAUCCAAACAGGCAGCCCCAAAAGGCAACCGCACCUGUUCAUUCCUUCGAGUAUAGGAUCCCAACCCGCCAUUUCCGGUCCCAGGCAUCGUCCCCGGCCCCUCAAGCCACCCGUAAUCCUUGGCCCCCAAACCCCCAACUCUCUGCUGCACCGAACCCUACCAAAUCGAGCCUGUCUGCCGGUGUACUCCCACUUCAAGUGCACUGAGACAGAAACACAGAAAUAGCGAUACGACCGUCGUUAUACAUGUUAAGAGAAGGGGACAUACCAAAAUCUGCCGAAGUUGACAAGAGCCGGAGCUGGGGU